AACGAUUCAAUAGUUUGUCAAGAGUUAUUCAAAAUCAAAAAACAAAUUAUGAUAGAUUUAAAUUAAGGGUGGAGAAUCGAAGAAAGAAGUAGAAGAGGAUCUGGAUUCGAAAUCAGAGCUAUAGACAAUCGCCAGGAUGACGCAAUGGUGUGCGAUCAGUGUAAUGAAGGCCGUGCUCUGCGUCGGCUGCACGGAAGUGGACUACGUGACCACCAUGGAGAAGGUGGACUUCCAGUGCGACAGGUGCAGCACCCAGAAUGGAAUGCUUCAGCGCAGCGGAAGAUCGUCGAAUGUUAGUACGGCCCUGCGUCUGUUGGGCGCCAAUGUGGAGUUGUUCGGUGUGCUCACCCGUAAUCCCACCUAUCGCAUGAUUCUGGAUGAUCUCGAGCAGCGGGGCAUUGAUAUUAGCCACUGUACAUUUACGGACGAAAGUCCGCCCUUUUCCACCAUUGUCCAAGAUCGCUGGACUCGUCGUUGCACGGUGGUGUAUUGCGACAAACCAUUUCCGUAUGUCACGGCAGCGGAUUUCCGCAAACUGGAUCUCGAUCAAUACGGCUGGGUGAACUUUGAGGCACGGAGUCCACGUGAAACGUGCGAUAUGAUACGCCUAAUCCUCGAUCACAACAACGGGCGGGAUGAGCGGGAUCGGAUAGUGGUAUCCUUGCAGAUUUUCAAUUCCUUCGAACAGGUCGUGCAUCUGAUUGCCAUGUGCGACUAUGUGUUCGUCACCAAGUAUAUAGCCGAGUCCAGAGGCUGGAAGUCGCCGUUGGAAGCCUGCGAGGGUGUCAAUGGGCUACUGCGCAUGCCAAGGGACAUCAGGAUCCGCAGACCCUGCAUCAUUGUGCCGUGGAGCAGCCUGGGAGCAGGAUGUAUGACCACGGAAGGGGAGUACUUCGAAGUGCCAGCCCACAAGCCCAAAAAGAUCAUCGAUCGGGUGGGCGACAGUGAUUGCUUCACGGCGGGAUUCAUUUAUGCCGCUUUUGUGCGGCAAAGACGAUUGGCCGAAGCCGUGGACUUCGCCAAUGCCGUGGCCAGCUAUAAGUUGGGCUACGUGGGUUUCGAUUGCCUUGGCCAUUUGCCAAUCGACGCGGUCAAGCUGCCCGUCAGAAUGAGGUGUGGCAGUGAGGUGUCCUCCGACGAUGAGGAUAACGGCGAUCAGUUGAAUAGCUGCAAGAAGCACCUGUUACGCCCGAUUGAGUUCCUGCCGGACAAGUCCUCCAUUGCGCCCACUGCGAAGGAAGUUCCGAUCGAGACCUCGGAACCUUCUAGCUAGGAAAGCGUGUCAUCUACUGCCCAUUCCAAAUAUUCCGCAAACUUGCACCAUUUUAUGUAUGGUUUAUAAAUCUAUGUGUAUUACAGUUGAAAAUUUUCCCACUAAAUUUGAUUUUC